AUGUUAGAGCAGGACUUUUCUAAAGUAGCCGAUAAAGAAAUUAACGAGGAUAAAGACCUAGAAGCACUUAUCGAACAAUUUAAAAAUGAUCCGCUUGGAGAAUACUCGGGAAAUGAUAUCGAUCUUGUAGAGAUUGAUCAUAAAAAUCAGGUCGCCAAAAGAAUACGACUUGGCUUAGAGUAUGCAACGUUUAAAGUCAGAAAUGGCUGGGAAAAAUACGAUGUCGCAACUUGUGAAAUUUUAUUUGAAGAGAAAAUGCGCAUAAAUGCAAUUCCUGUUUCGAAGAUAUUAGAAAGGAUUAAAAAUGGUUUACCAACUCGUGAAUAUGAAUUACCAGUGGAUCCACAAUCUAAAGUGUCCAAUAAUGGUUCAAGUGAUAAAGUGAAAUCUACAAACUCGUUACCAAAAUUAACAGAAAUGGAUGUAAAUUUUGAUAUCGCAAACGAUACGCUUUCUCACCGUAAUUUUCAAGAUUCUUUUCGACUUUCCGGUUCAUCCAGGCUUUCUGGGUCGAAGGCUGCCGCAAUAUAUGAAUAUUUAGAUUCAUUAGAAAUGGCGUCACAAGAUUUAUGCAUUAAUCAAGAUCCUGUAUCAUCUUUGUUAACUACAAAUUCACAAUUUAUUGGUUCAGGCAAUUUCCAAGAUUUGAGACAAUCAUUUUCGGAGACAGCAUCAUUACGAUCUAUUGAACCAAGCAAAUUAACCACUAACAAAUCUAUAAAAUCACGAGAUCAGUAUUCGAAACAUAAACGAAGCCGAUCACACAGAGCUAAUGAUAAAUUUGAUUUAAUCAAUAGACAGUCAAUUAAUGAUCCUCUUCCAAUAUUAAAUCAAAUGGAAUCAAGUACAGGAUUGCUAUGUCCGCCACCUGUUUUAAUCCCACUCACUUCCAAGAUUCCUGAACCAAGUCAUACAAAUAAUCACGUGAUCUCCUCGAAUCCAGUUGUUUCAGAAGUUAUUUUAAAAGCAUUGGAGGAAAAGACUAAAAAAAAGAAAUCAAGGAAGAGAAAAUCAAUUACCAUGACUACCAGAAAAGGGAAGAAUAAACGUCAAAAACCGACACCUCAUUUAACAAAUGAGGAUGUUGAGAUGGAUGAUUUCUUUGGUGCUACGGAAAAUAGUUUGCGUAAUAUGAACUCUUCUAAGCAGACUUUAAUGUCACAAAAAGCUACAGUUUCACCAAAUACUUUAUUUCAUGAACUCUGGGCAACAGCAAGUUCUGUUGUCCCACAAAAGACGGCUUCGACUUCCAUGUCUCCAGGACAAUUAUUCAAUGAACUUUGGGCAACUUCAAGUGUUGCACAGAAAAACAAUACCGGAGCAGAAUCAACACUUGCAACUUCUAUAUCACCUGAUACAUUUUUUGAUGAACUUUUAGCUGCAAGCACUUACGAAGAUGACGAAGAUGAAAAAACACCUAAAGAUAGUACUGCAGAAUCUACUCAAACAUUAGUUAUGUCACCCACUACUAUUUUCAGAGCUGCAUUAGAUGAUUGGGCAGCUGUUGACUCCAAUUUUCCCAAUGCAAUACUUUCACAUUUACCUAAUUUGCCAUCAUCCCCUUUGGCGUCGUCUCCACCACAUACACCUUCAAGAUUAUCGUCAACUGUUCCAACACUUAACUCGAUAGCGUCAUCUUCAGCAAGGGUAAUUACUGACCACCUUGAACCUCCAAGAACUCCUCCACAUCAAAUUCGUUCUGCAAUUGAUUUAUCGACGCCAAACUCGGCAUUCUCAUUGAGCGAAUUUAUUAACAUGUCUCCUACACCAAAAUAG